UAGAGCACCCCCAAAAAAACCUUAUCAGUCUGGUGUGGCUCCAGCAGUUUCGCCACUCUUUUGAGUUUUGAAUCUUUUUACCAGAAAUGGCCUCAUCCACCGUCUUCACUGGUCUCAACAUCUUCAAAUGCAAACAACCUACCAAACUCACCACUUCAACUCGGUUCUCCAACUCCCGACUACAACUCAAGCCCAACUCAGUGAAAUGUUGCUCAACAACAACCACAGCGACAACGGAUGAGGAGGCUACUCGGCGAGUCACUGUGAAGAACGGGAACGAUUCGCUCGACAUUUGUAGGGUCCUUAACGGCAUGUGGCAGACCAGUGGAGGUUGGGGCAGAAUCGACCGAGACGACGCCGUUGAAGCUAUGCUUCGCUACGCUGACGCAGGUCUCUCCACCUUCGACAUGGCCGAUCACUAUGGGCCUGCGGAAGAUCUUUAUGGCAUCUUUAUCAAUAGAGUUCGUCAUGAGCGUCCGCCGGAGUACUUGGAUAAGAUCAGAGGCCUCACUAAAUGGGUGCCAUCACCGGUAAAGAUGACAGGUAGCUAUGUCAGGGGGAGUAUCGAUGUCUCGCGAAAGAGGAUGGAUGUGCCUUCCUUGGACAUGCUUCAGUUUCACUGGUGGGAUUAUUCCAAUCCCGGCUACCUUGAUGCACUAAAACACCUUACUGAUUUGAAAGAAGAAGGUAAAAUUAAAACUGUUGCUUUGACAAAUUUUGAUACGGAAAGGCUGCAAAUAAUACUAGAGAAUGGAAUUCCUGUUGUUAGUAAUCAGGUGCAACAUUCAAUUGUUGACAUGCGCCCUCAGCAGAAAAUGGCAGAGCUUUGUAAGCUUACAGGAGUCAAACUUAUAACGUAUGGAACAGUAAUGGGUGGUCUAUUAUCUGAGAAAUUCCUUGACACCAACAUAGCCAUUCCCUUUGCUGGCCCUCCAUUAAAUACCCCCUCUCUCCAGAAGUACAAAAGGAUGGUUGAUGCUUGGGGAGGAUGGAGUUUAUUCCAGACUUUACUUCAGACUCUCAAAAAGGUAUCAUCUAAGCACAGAGUCUCAAUCCCAACUGUUGCUGUUAAAUACAUACUAGAUCAGCAAGCAGUAGCGGGAUCAAUGAUAGGUGUCAGACUUGGUUUGUCAGAACAUAUCCAAGACUCAAAUGCUAUCUUUUCACUUGUGCUUGAUGAGGAAGAUGUGAACAGCAUACAAGAAGUUUCAGAAAGAGGGAAAGAUCUACUUAGAGUGAUUGGGGAUUGUGGAGAUGAGUACCGACGAGCAUGAGAUUCACCAUUGGAUGAUUGUCUGCUACUGGUUCAAAAAAGAAGAUUGAAAUUCAAACCUUCCUUAUCCAACUUUCUUCUAAAAAAUGGAUUGUAGUAUAUCCACUGCAUAAAGCAGUUACCAGGUCAGACUUAAUGGAACAUAUAGAGGGCAGUUGCCAUGUCCAACCACGUCUAAUCAAGUCUUCUGCUGUAAUACUAACCUCACCUUGUAUGCACAUUACAUCAACAUAUAAUCUUGUUGUCACAAAGAAAUUCUGUUCAGCCCUCAUCUAAAUCUCAACUUGGAAGCGUUUGGUGUGUUUGAUGAGGAAUCUGUAUUACAUUUUAUGAGAUGAAAAGUUAUAU